AUGAAGCACGGCCGGGUCAUGGAGCUUCCAGAGGAUUUCUGGAUCCCCAUCCCUUUGGAUACGAACAACAUCACGACUCUCAGCCCCUUCCUCGUCCCCCAGGACCAUCUAGCAAGCUCAGGCACCUUCUACGCCAUGGCCAUAUUCAUGUUUUUUAUAUUUGUUGUGGGCACUAGCAUCAACGCGCUCACAAUCGUGUGCACCAUGAAAUACAAGAAGCUCCGGUCCCACCUCAACUACAUCCUGCUGAACUUGGCCGUGGGAAACCUUCUCGUGUCCUGUGUCGGCUCCUUUGUUGGCUGCUGCGCAUUUUCAGCCAGAUAUUUUAUCUUUGGAGCGCUAGCGUGCAAGAUUGAAGGUUUCAUGGUGACACUUGGUGGUAUGGUCAGCCUGUGGUCUCUGGCUGUGAUAGCUUUUGAAAGAUGGCUGGUCAUCUGCAAGCCACUUGGUAACUUUGUUUUCAAGCCUGACCAUGCUAUAGCUUGCUGCGUAUUCACCUGGGUGUUUGCACUUAUUGCCUCAGCUCCUCCACUGUUCGGAUGGAGCAGGUACAUCCCAGAGGGUCUGCAGUGCUCCUGUGGACCAGACUGGUACACCACAAACAACAAAUACAACAAUGAAUCAUACGUGAUGUUCCUCUUCUGCUUCUGCUUUGCCGUUCCCCUCACCACCAUCAUCUUCUGCUACACACAGCUGCUCAUCACACUGAAAAUGGCUGCGAAGGCUCAAGCUGAGUCUGCCUCCACCCAGAAGGCAGAGAGGGAGGUGACCAGGAUGGUGGUGGUCAUGGUGAUGGGCUUCUUGGUGUGCUGGCUGCCCUACGCCAGUUUUGCGCUGUGGGUCGUGAACAAUCGUGGGCAAACGUUCGACCUGAGAUUGGCUACUAUGCCAGCUGUCUUCUCCAAAUCCUCUGCAGUCUACAACCCAGUCAUCUAUGUUCUACUCAAUAAACAGUUCCGUUCAUGCAUGAUGAAGAUGAUGGGGAUGGGUGGAGGUGAUGAUGAUGAAUCUUCAACAUCACAGACCUCAGUCACCGAAGUCUCCAAGGUUGGGCCUGCUUAG